AUGUUCUCUCAAGAAGUGAGAGUAGACUCUCUAUCUCAGAUUAGGACAGCUAGACCUGGAAUGGGAGCUCGUUCUGCAAUAACUGCUGCUUCCGCAUCCUCUCGCAAUCAAUGUCAGCGAUGUCUCAGUUCAGACCAUUGGACUUAUCAAUGCAAAUCAACUACAUUGCCCUACUUUUCUCGUCCAUCAAGAACUCAACUCAUGAAACAAAAAAACAAGUCUAAUUCUACUGAAUCAAAAUCCACUCAUGAUGAAAUGAGUCCGUCUACGUCUGCUAAACUUUUGGCUGUUCGCAAAGGGUUGGCAGAUCGUAUUUUAAAACAAAAUGCUCAUAAACGACAUGCUAGUCGUCGAUCUUCUUCUUCUUCGUCAUCAUCCUCUUCAUCGAGUGAUAGAAACAGUAGUAAAUCUUCAGGAUCUAGUAGCGAUUCUAGUUCGAGUUCAAGUUCUGGAAGUAGUUCUGGAAGUAGCUCCGAAAGUAGUUCUGGAAGCAGUUCUGAAAGCAGUUCCGGAAGUAGUUCAAGUUCUGACUCUGACUCCAGCUCAUCGUCUUCGAGUGCAUCGAGGAAUUACAAGCGACGUCGAACUCAUCAGAGAUAG